AUGAACACUCUAUUGACUACAAAAAAACGCACGUUUAAUAUAUGGGACUUUGGGGGUCAACACGUGUAUAAAAUGCGGUCCCAAUGGCCCAUAUAUUUCCAAAACGCUCGGGCACUAGUGCUGGUGGUGGACGGGACGGACACCGGGCGAGUGGCCGACGCCAGGCAACUGCUGUACGACGCCCUCCGGGAGUGUGGCCGACACGUCCGAGUGCUGGUGUUGACCAACAAGUGUGAUGUCAGCACUUGUAUGAGCUCUGAUGAGUUG